AUGGCUGAAGACACUGUGGACAAAGCUGGGCAGCGGUUGAUACUGGAGCACCAUAAGAAAAACAAUACAGUUCUUGAUGAUCGUCUGAACAAGACUGGAAAGAAAGCUGCAAAAUGCACUUGCCGAACGGGUUGGCACGGCCCUAAUUGUGGCGUGCCCACUGUGGUUCAGCACUCGAAUCUUCGAACCAAGUCACACCUGAGUCCCAGAAAGGUUCCACGGCGGAUUAUCAAUGCUAUCAACAUCAAUCAUGAGUUUGACCUGCUGCACACCCGGUUUCAUGAACUGGCAGACACUGUGGAUCUCUUCUUGGUGUGCGAGUCGAACUUUACCGCCUAUGGAAAUUCCAAACCACUUAGGUUUCUGCAGCUGCUCCUUAACGGGACCUUCAGCUACAUAGAGCACAAGAUCCUCUACAUCUUCCUCGACCACUUUCCAAACGGAGGGCGAGCCGAUGGCUGGAUUGCAGACGACUAUCUGCGCACCUUCCUGACCAAAAACGGAUUGUCGAGGGUUCAGGAUCAUAGGCCGGACGAUGUGUUCGUUCUGGACGAUGCUGAUGAGAUUCCUCUGAGGGAAGGUCUUCUUUUCCUCAAGCUUUAUGAUGGCUGGACAGAGCCGUUCGGAAUCCACAUGCGUAAGUCCUUGUACGGGUUUUUCUGGAGGCAGCUGGGUACACUGGACGUGUUGUCAGGAUGCACCGUGGCCAUGCUCCUCACUGUCUACAAGGGGGAUGGGAUUCUGCUGAGAAGGAGGGAUUAUUACAACAUGCCAGGAUUCAGGCAGUAUGAGAAGACCUCAGGACAUGUGCUGAUCCCUUGGUCUAUCGGAAACCCAGUUCACUACGCGGGUUGGCACUGCUCGUGGUGUUUCAAACCAGAGGGAAUUUAUUACAAGUUGAUUUCUGCGCAAAACGGUGACUUUCCUCGCUGGGGAGACUUUCCGGAGAAGCUAAAACUUACCUAUAUAAAGGAGCUAAUACGAACUGGCGGCUGGUUUGAUGAUUCAGACCCAAGUUACCCCCCAUCAGACCCUAAAGAGCACAUGUAUGCUCCUAAAUAUUUGCUAGAAAAUUUUGAAAAGUAUCGCUACUUGCUUGAGAACCCAUAUGCAAAAAGAUGAAUGCAAUAUCCUGACCCGCAGCAGGUGUGAAAAAGACUUAAUCAUCUGAAAACUCU